CUGAAGUAUAUUAGAUGGGAACAAUCCUAUUGUUUUAUUUUGUUUUUCUGUUUAUCAUCUUGCCUCUUGGUCCACUAUUUUUUCCCCUCUGAAGAACUUCCUUGAAUGUGGUUUUGUAAGUGAUUUGCUAGAUGGAGCAUCAUCAGGAUCUGUUCAGGUUUUGACACCUAGUAGUCAAGUUAACACUCCUUAGUUUUCUGAGCCAUCUCAUACCAUGCAAGUUGAUGCUAUGGCUGGAUCAAAUGGUGCAGAACAUGAAGAAAUAGCUCAGGAAGAGCAGAAGUUUGUAGAUCCAUUGGAUAGAUUUCUCCCACCACCACCCAAAAGAAAGAUAAAUAAAUUUCUUGAGUAUAAGAAGGCUGGAAAAAGUUUUAAUGUAGCAGUUCGCAAUAGGAAGGACUAUCAGAACCCUGACUUCCUAUUGCAUGCUAGGAGGUAUCAAGAUAUUGACCAAAUAGGAUCUUGCUUUGAUAAGGAUGAAUUGGACCCUCAUAGAUAUGACCCAAGUGACUACUACGACCAAGUAGGUGCUUAACUGUUUCUUCUCUGCAUCUACUUUCUUGUGCUUCCCUGUACUUGUUUAUUUUAUGCUCAUAUUUUACCUGAUUUUGUCAAUUA